AUGCGUCCACCAUCACCGUCCAUUCCUGAAAAAGAAUUUUUAUUCUCUGCUCUAAAGCAAGGCCUUCGUUUAGAUGGCCGAGAAUUUUUCGAAACGCGACCCGUCACGCUCACUUUUGGACCAGAACUCGGAUGGGUAGAAUGUUCUUUAGGCAAAACACGGGUAUUGGCUCAAGUCGAUGCGAAAAUGAUCAAACCACCGCCUGAACGGCCAUUUGAAGGGGUCAUCAGCAUUCAUUCUGAAAUAUCUCCGAUGGCUUCGAGUGAAUUUGAGCUUGGUAGACCUUCAGAAGAAGAAGUAACUAUCACUCGAAUGCUUGACAAGGUUAUACGCCGUAGCGAUGUUGUUGACAAAGAAUCCUUAUGUAUUCUGGCUGGACAACGAGUUUGGCAUUUACGCCUAAACGUACAUUGCCUAUCGGAUUCCGGAAAUCUACUGGAUUGUGCGUGCCUAGCAGGCAUUGUCGCGUUAAAACACUUUCGCAGACCAGAUGUCGAAGUAAUUGGAGAAGAGGUGACAGUGCACCAUCCAACAUUUCGCGCACCGAUACCUCUUUCCCUACAUCAUAACCUUUAUUGCUUCACCUUUGCUUUUUUUUCUGAUACUUCGAUUCAUCCUGUUCUCGAUCCGAAUCACCUGGAGCAGCGCUUGAAUGGGGGCUUGAUAUCUAUCGCGCUGAACGCCCAUCAUGAGUUGUGCGUUGUUCAGAAGAGCGGCGGAGUGCCGUUGGAACCAGCGGAUGUCCUCAGAAUUGUGAAUGUUGCAGUGCAAAAGGCGAAGGACCUGGAUGUUAUUGUAGAAUCUAGGUUGAGGGAAGAUUGGGAGGGAAGAAAAGUAGAAGUUCGAUAG